UUGCGAACUCAACAAAGGUUAUAUUUUCCUACAUACUAAUUCACACUUGACUGUUCCAUUGGGUGUCCUUCUUGACUCUAAAAACUGUCACCUAAAAAAGACUUUUCUCUUACAUGACAUUCUUUAUAUAUCCCUCUCCUCUCCCAUUCACUAUUUCAUAUAUAGAAAGCCCACUCCCUUGAUCACCCCCUUGCUUCCUUCUACAACAUCCCAUCAAUUCUCCCUUUCUUUCUCUCAGGUGGUGGAGAAAAAUGGAGGCCUCAGAGGAAGUCACGACCCGUGUUGCGAAAGGGAAGAGAACAAAGCGGUUAAGGGUUCAAUCGGCAAUCCCUUUUGGCUUAACAACUGAUUCAUCAAGCGGAGAUGGUGGUACCAAUUGGUCACCAACAACUUCCAUCGAUGAAUUUCAAGAUAGCACUGAAGAAGAAGAAGACAUGGCCAAUUGUCUUAUCCUACUUGCCAAAGGCCAUUCAAGAGAUUUCCCAAAACAACAACAACAUCAUCAUCAUCGAGAUCAUGAUCAUGAUCAUGAUUCAAGAGGAGGGGUUUACACCGCCAAAUUCAAUAGUAGAAAAUUCCUAGAAACCGCUAAUUCCACAGGUUCUGGCAGGGUUGGUUACUAUGUUUAUGAGUGCAAAACAUGUAGCCGAACAUUUCCAUCUUUUCAAGCAUUAGGUGGACAUAGGGCUAGUCAUAAGAAGCCCAAGGCAAUCCACAAUGAUGAGAAGAAGCAAAAUCUUUCGAUAUCUUCUGAUGAAGAAGAUGGACACUACAAGAAUGUUUCAUCUCUUUCUCUUCAAUUGAGUGAAAACAAUACUAAUAGAGGUACGUACAGCAAUCACAAUAAAGGCAAGAUUCAUGAGUGCUCAGUUUGUGGUGCGGUGUUUACAUCAGGACAGGCCUUGGGUGGUCAUAUGCGGCGGCACCGGGGUCCUCUUGUGUCUAGUACCACAACCUUGUCAUUAACACCAAUGACUAUAGAAUCUGAGGAACCCAAGAGAGCAAGAAACGUACUUUCUUUGGAUUUGGAUCUCAAUCUUCCAGCCCCAGAAGAUGAUAAAUUUGCCUUUGCUUCCAAGCAACAACAAAAACAGCAGCAGCAGAAGCAACAAAACACAUCUCUUGUCUUCACCAGCCCGGCUCUGGUGGAUUGUCAUUACUGAAGAAGGUUGUAUUUUUCUUUUUAUUUUUUUCUUCUUAAGUUGUUGAGGAGUUUAUUUUGUUUUCUUCUAUUUGAUCAGACAUGGCCAUUUAUUAUUGAUUCACCAGAUAAUUUUUUUAAAAAAAUUAUCCCUUGUAACUUGAAAAGAUCAUAAUAUAACAUUCUUUUAAUUCUUUCAA